AUGGCCGCCCAGGACGUGCCCAAGACCUGCAAGGUCAUCACCGCCGACACCAUCGCCAAGGGCCUGCUGGCCGAGGUCAAGGAGACGCUGGCCAAGGUCCAGGGCCCCGAUGGCGGCGUCCAGCCCACGCUCGCCGCCUUCCUGGCCAACGGCGACCCGGCCGCCGUCAAGUAUGCCGAGUGGUCCAAGAAGACGUGCGAGGAUAAUGGCUUCAACUUUGACCUCCGCACCGUCGACAAGGAGAUUCUCGAGGAGGAAAUCAUGAAGGCCAACGACGAGGAGGUCGUCGACGGCAUCAUCGUCUACUACCCCAUCUUCCCGAAGAACCCGACGCACGACAAGUACGUCCAGGAGACGGUCGACCUCUCCAAGGACGUCGAGGGCAUGCGCCACAAGCACCUGCACAACAUGUACCACAACGUGCGCUUCCUCGACCCGCCCGAGAACAAGAAGAAGUCGAUCCUGCCCUGCACGCCCCUUGCCGUCGUCAAGAUCCUCGAGUACCUGCAGAUCUACAACCCCAUCCUCGCCGCCGGCAACCGCCUCUUCGGCAAGACCAUUACCGUCAUCAACCGCUCCGAGGUCAACGGCCGGCCCCUGGCCGCCCUGCUGGCCAACGACGGCGCCACCGUCUACAGCGUCGACAUCACCGGCGUCCAGCUCUUCACCCGCGGCCAGGGCAUCAAGGCCCCGCGCCACCAGGUCGAGGACAAGGAGGGCUGGGGCCUCAAGGACUGCCUGCCCCUCAGCGACGUCGUCAUUGGCGGCGUCCCCGUCGAGUCGUUCAAGGUGCCCACCGAGCUCAUCCGCGACGGCGCCGUGUGCAUCAACUUUUCCUCGUACAAGAACUUUGACGGGCCGGCCAUCAAGGAAAAGGCCGCCAUCUACGUCCCCUCGGUCGGCAAGGUCACCAUUGCCGUCCUGCUGCGGAACCUCGUGCGUCUCGUGGCCAACCGCCCGUCCAAGGCCGGCACGGACAAGGGCGUCAUCCAGGCUAAGAGCGAGGCAUUCGCCGACGACUAA